AUGCACAGAUACUUAAAGGAACUUCUAGAUAAUUUGAGAACAAUUAAGCUUCGAGAAAAGGUUAUUGAUUUUUCUGGUUCAAAUUUGAAUUUGAUUGAAAAACCCUCUAGAUUAACAUCACCUUCUAUCCCAAAUGCUGCAGCUGCACCAACGGCAUCUACUGCACCAACGGCAUUAUCAUUAUUUGAGCUGAUUAAACAAUUUCCAAGGUUGUUUCCAAGAAGCUUCAUGAAAUCUUUUCAAGAUUAUAAGCAGUUUCACAGUGAUGUUGAAAAUUUCCAGGUACGCCUGUUGGAAACUUUACCUUAUUUUCCUGAUCCAAGCAAUGGAAUUUAUUCAAAGAUCACUAACACCAUCGUUGAUGAUGAAGGGUCUUCUAUCAACGAAUUUGUAGUAUAUCCUUCGAAUAUUUCAGUCCCAAGUGAGAAAUUAAAACAUUUAAUAUUUGUUCAUGGCUACGGUGCGGGACUGGGUUUUUUUCUGAAGAAUCUGGAGAAUAUCAAAUUGUUAAACGAUGAAUGGUGUGUACAUGCAAUUGAUUUGCCGGGCUAUGGGUUCUCCACAAGAGCAAAAUUUCCGUUCCAGGUUGGAAAGCAUAGGCAUGACCAAGUGAACGAAUGGUUUCAUUCUAGAAUCAGAAACUGGAUGCAUCAGAGAAACCUUCUGCAACAUUCACAGAAUAACUUUCUUAUUGCCCAUUCUUUGGGUGCAUAUCUAAUGGCAUUAUAUGUUGAUAAGCACCCUAAUGAUUUACAAAAAAUAUUAAUGUGUUCGCCAGCAGGUAUUGGCGACUCCAUGAAUCUUAAAAAGAAGACACCGGCUUGGUGGUUUGAAAAACUUUGGGAAAGGAAUAUUUCACCAUUCACUUUAGUAAGGAGCAGUUCCUAUAUUGGUUCUAAACUAACAAGUGGAUGGACCUAUAGGAGAUUCUCAUCAUUACUUUCACAAAAUAAUUUGAAGCAGUUUGAAGCCUUGCAUAAAUAUACAUAUUCGAUUUUCAAUCAAAGAGGCUCGGGAGAAUAUUUAUUGAAUUUUGCAUUAAAAUGUGGUGGAGGCCCUCGGUAUCCUUUGGAAAAGACCUUGUUUAUGAAUAAUGACAAAGGAAUCUCUAAAAGCUCGACUGAGUGGAUUUGGGCAUAUGGUGACAAUGACUGGAUGGAUAAAAACGGAGGGAUUAGAGUAAGUGAAAUCUUGACGAAACAAUUGAAAAAACGAAGCGAGGUUUACAUUGUUCCGAGAGCUGGUCAUCAUCUAUAUUUCGAUAACCAUCAAUUUUUCAAUGACUUGAUCUUGAAGGAGAUGGAAUGCAUGAAAUAA